AUGAAAGUCAGCCAGCUCUACGUGUACCCCAUCAAGUCCCUCCGAGGCACCACCGUCCCAGAGGGCACACUCACCUCCCUAGGCCUAGAAUGGGACCGACGCUUCAUGUUACUCAAAGUCGAACCGACCGAAGACGGAACCACAUUGAAGAACAUGCACGUCCCCCACUACCCGGAGAUGUCCCUUUUUCAAACCGCCAUCAAACUCCCGCAAAACGACGCAGAUACCGGGAAAAUCACAGUGACCUACAACCCCGCAGAUGAUCCGAAACACGAAAUGCGAAAACUCGAAAUUCCGCUCCACAUGAAUAGCCAGCAAGUGAAGACCAUGCAGAAGUUCACCGUCACGAUGCACCAAAGCCCGACAACGGGGUACGACAUGGGAUCCGAGUAUAACGAGUGGUUCAGUGCAUGUUUCGGAUAUCCCGUUAUCCUAGCCUACCUGGGGGCCAACACUCGAGGAAUCCUAGGAACGCUAGCGCCACGGAAGCGGAAUAAAGAACCCAUCUGGGAGACAUGGUGGCGUGAAAUCAGCGAUCCGCGCGGAAAAGAGGAUUUUUUAAUUGGUCUUUUGGCUGUUUGUGUUAUCGGGAGUAUGCUCUGGAAGGGGUAUGACAUUUUCCAGGGCGUGACACCCGCACUGAAUAUGAAAACAUACCUCAAUACUUUCGUCGCGGUGGUUACCUUAUCCGGUUUACACUGGAUGACACUUCGUCGGCGGGAAGAUAGAAUCGGCUUCGCCGAUUGUGCACCGUUCCUAAUUAUCUCCGAGACAUCAGUGAACAAUGUCUCAGGGCGGCUACCCGAAAGCGAGGAAAUGGAUCGAACAAAGUUCCGGCCGAAUAUUGUGGUUUCGGGGGCUGAGAGUGCCUUUGAGGAGGAUUAUUGGACGGAGUUGGCUGUUGGGGGGAAGGCGAGGUUAUUGUUGACGGGGAAUUGUGUUCGGUGUCAGAGUUUGAACGUGGAUUAUGGGACUGGGAAGAUAGGAACUGGGGAAUCGGGGAGUGUGUUGAAGAAGUUGAUGAAGGAUAGGAGGGUGGAUCGGGGGGCUAGGUUUAGUCCCGUUUUUGGACGGUAUUCGUUUCUUGAUCGGGGAAGUGGAGAGAGGAUUCGAGUUGGGGAUGAGGUGGUGGUUGUUAAGCGUGCGAAGGAGCAUACAGUUACUGAUUGGCCUGGUCUUACCAAUUAA